AUGGACGCCCAGACCACAACGGCCGAACCGCAACAUCCUUAUCCCUCCAGUCCUUGGACCUCUGCCUCGACGAUAUCAUCGAGCACAACGUAUCCGACGACACCAUCGGCGACGAGUACGCACAGCGCUUCCGCCGCUGAGGGCUAUUUCUUCCAAGAUACGCCCGCCACACAAUUCCACACUCGGCUCGACUUCUGGCCAUUACUCCUCCCUCAGCAAUCAAACAUAUACCACGCUCAACUCCUCCACUACAAUAAGCUCAUCUCCCCCUCCCGCGGCGGCGGCCUGCAGACACCGCCACUCCCUCCCGUCAUCUCUGCUCCUUACAUCCAGGCGGCGCCACGGUCGCGAUCUUCUAGCAAGGUGUCGCCGAAGGACGCCUCCGCCGGCAAGGGGAGCACAGCUGGAGGCCAUGGGAGCAGGUCACACCAGAAUUUAGACAAGAGUCGCUCGGUUGUAUCCUCCAAGGAGGUUCCGCCCAAAAUGCCUUCCAAGCAGGCCGCCGACUCAUCGAGGCCUUUACCCCGACGAUCCGCACCCUCGGCUCAGUCCCACUCUAGUUCAGUGCCCUCGACGCCUCACCAGCACGCUCGGCAAUUUUCGUUUGAGGACCGCGAACCGUCGCCUACCGGCACGAAUAACCACUCCCCGCGAUCGGCUUAUUCUGAGACAAAUAGUACAUUACCUGCGCUUCGGCCUUUGCCACCGCGAUUAGGAGGCUGCAAAUACGAGACUGCCCAGAUCAAUUCCAGAAGGAGAAUACCGUACUCGGUCGGCAAUGAUCGUCUGGAAAAGCUGGACUUGCGGACGGUCAAGGCCAAGUUGACCGAGGACGAGGAGCGAAAGUUGGCCACAGAUAUGAGAGAGGUUUUUGACCAAUUAUUGCCCACCGCCGCUGUCGAAGAAAACCGAAAGAAACUAGUGUCGAAGCUUGAAAAGAUCUUCAAUGACGAGUGGCCCGGACAUGACAUUCGGGUGAAUCUCUUUGGUUCCUCUGGAAAUCUUCUUUGUUCAGAUGAUUCCGAUGUGGACAUUUGCAUCACAACAUCGUGGCACGAACUAGAGGGUGUCUGCAUGAUCGCCAACCUGCUAGCGAAACGAGGAAUGGAAAAGGUUGUUUGUAUUUCAGCCGCCAAGGUACCCAUUGUCAAGAUAUGGGACCCUGAAUUGGGCCUUGCGUGCGACAUGAAUGUCAACAACACCCUUGCACUCGAGAACACGCGCAUGGUUCGAACGUAUAUCGAUAUUGACCCACGAGUUCGCGAGCUUGCCAUGAUUAUAAAAUAUUGGACACGGAGGAGAAUAGUCAAUGAUGCGGCAUUUGGUGGCACAUUGAGUUCGUACACGUGGAUUUGCUUGAUAAUUACGUUCCUGCAGCUGCGCAACCCGCCCGUCCUCCCUUGUUUGCAUCAGUCGCCACACAAGUUACCCAAGCCCGACGGUACGCUUCCCGAUUUCGCCGACGAUAUUGAUAAGCUGGCUGGUUUUGGAAGCAAGAACAAGUCAUCCACUGCCGAGCUCUUGUUCCAGUUCUUUCGCUUUUACGCACACGAGUUUGACUACGAUAAGCACGUUCUUUCGGUACGACAGGGCAAGCUGAUCACAAAGCAAGAGAAGAAAUGGCAUUAUGCGAUCAACAAUCAACUUUGUGUCGAAGAGCCUUUCAAUACGUCUCGAAAUCUCGGAAACACGGCCGAUGAAUAUUCUUUCCAUGGGUUGCAUGUUGAAUUGCGCCGGGCUUUUGAUCUGAUCUCAGUGGCGAACUUUGAGGAGGCAUGUGAGCAAUACGUCUUCCCUAAGGAAGAGGAACGAGUAUGGUCUCGACCUGCACCACAGCCUCGACCUGUUCUGCUUCGCAGCUCGUCACAGACACAUUCAGGACGUGGAGGCCGCGGAAACCAUCGCGGUGGACGACAUAAUAACAACUAUCGGGGUGGAAAUUCGAACAGGCGAGCAUCCGCGGGUGUUCCACAAUUCGAUGCGAGCACCAACAACAAUGGCAUGUUCAUGCAGCCGGUCAACAUGGCGCAAGAUUUGCAGUGGUACCAGAAUCAACAGUUCCAGUUCCAAUAUGCACAGCAGGACCUCAUGACUCAAAUGGCGUUGCACCAAGAGAACAUGAGGCUUUUGUAUGCCAGUCAGUCACCAGCAUUUAUGCAGCAUCAGGCCCAGGCCCAGGCCCAAGCGAUGGGCCAACAGCAACAGCAAAGAAUGUCCACAAGUGCAGGCUCAGGCCAACAGCCUCAACCGACAUCGGAUCGUUCUAGGACAAAUUCGUUCGAUAACCCGCCACUGAGUGCCCCCCUGCGACCAGAUAUAUAUACUUUAUAUGGUAUGAAUCUGGGACAGCAGUUCUAUACCCAAGCGGGUGCAACUUACGGAACGUAUCCUUCGUCUCCUGCUAGUACGACUGGGGCUACUCAGGACUUCCGUCGCCCCCUGCAGCGAAACGGUAUGACUAACGAAGCGGGUAAUCAAGGGUCAAAUAGUACCCUGCGUUCGCAUUCACAGCCUGCAUCGCGUUCCCCAUCCUCAUCUCAGGCAGCCGCUGCGUACUUUAGUGCUCAAUCCUUCAGCGGAUCGACCCAGUCUCGAGGCGUCAAUGGCAACCCAAUUCCUAGUUUCAUGUCUGAUGACACAGAGUUCGACGAAACACCAAAGGCGACUACCGACUCUCCACAGUCAGAGGAGGGCAAAUAUUCUAUGUACCUAUCAGAAAGCCCCAGCCCUAGCAAGAAGCUUCAACAGCCAGUGCCGGCCACGAAUAGUCUGGCUUUUGGAGAUCUUGCCGGUCAGAAUUCGAGUAACCCGAGUCCUGGGAGACGACGAUUGUCGACAGAUCAGAUUCCCCAAACAAUUCUCGACCGCCGAAUGAAGAGAACGUCACGAUCGCCGUCGCCUUUGGGGCAAUCAAGAAACUUUGCCUCAACAGCUUCAUCUGCGCCACUGGCACAAGGACCUUUUCCAGGUAGCCAGAACAAAAACCUUGGACGUCCCUUAGUCGUGAAUGGAUCCAACUUGAAGACAAGCGUCACUCCAAGCCCGCGUCAAGCUCCUUCCGGGACGGAGAGCAGUACCUCGGACGAGACUCCCACUUUUGAGAACCCCUUGCAAAUCCACGCUACAAAUGGAGUGCCCAGCUACCCUGUCGAUGGACCCAUCAUGCCCAUGGUUGAGCCUCAGGGCGUUAUGAACCAACAAGGUGCCUUUGGUCAGGUGCCUGUUGUGGCCAACGGUUCCGCUGCGCCGCUUAUGGCUGUUGCGCCUUCUACUGCAGACGACCCCUCAUUCCGCGAUCGUAUUGCCGCUUACUACAUGGGCACGCCCCAUAUCGUACAGGAUGCAACGGUUGGAAACUCUCGAUUGUCUCCUUCGACUCGACAGCGCCUCAUGUCGCGCCAGAACCAGAAUGGAGUUAUUGCUCCUCUCGAUCUUGCUAUUGCUGAGAACCGCAUUGAUCGUCCUGUUGGCCAAGACUAUGCUCACCUGUCGCCAGUGUAUGAGACACGCACUCCUUCGCCUACAGUUCUUCGAAAGGAUGGACCUUGGAAGUCUGAGAAGCAAAACAGUCCCAAGUCGGGUCGAGGCGAGGGGCCAAAGGGAGGCCAGAAGUCUGAAGACCAGUCACCGAAUCACCAGGAAGGAUCGAAAUCUCAGAAGAACCAGAAGGCCAACUCUCAGAAGGCCAAUGGAAAUCGAGAAAAUGGCCACGUCCGUGGAGCCCGAAGCGAGAGCGACAACGGCUGGCAAAAGGCUGGUAAAGGCAAGAAGAAGGGCGGCAACAAUAACGCACAUGCAAACGCCGAGCAACCUCCAAAGCACGAGUCGGAACGAAAAGGUGGCUGA